AUGGUAUUUGAAUCCCCAGCUACCCCCAAUACCGCCGCGAAUUCUUUCAACAACCCAACACAGAUCUUUGGGGAGGAUGUCACUGAGGAAAAGGGCGAAAAUGCGCGAUUGUCAGCUUUCGUUGGUGCCAUUGCCGUUGGAGAUCUGGUUAAGAGCACGUUAGGUCCAAAGGGCAUGGACAAGAUCCUGCAAUCUGCUUCAACAGGCGAGAUUAUGGUGACAAAUGACGGAGCUACCAUUCUCAAGGCUAUUGCACUUGAUAACGCGGCUGCCAAAGUUUUAGUCAAUAUAUCCAAAGUCCAGGACGACGUGGUGGGGGAUGGAACAACAUCAGUCACAGUGCUAGCUGCAGAGCUGCUACGCGAAGCGGAGAAACUUGUCGAGAAGAAAAUUCAUCCUCAGGUUAUUAUUGAUGGAUACCGGAUAGCGAGUCGCGCUGCCCUAGAAGCCUUGGAGGCGAGUGCGGUCGACAAUAGUGCCGACCCUGUUGCGUUCCGAAAAGAUCUCCACGCUAUUGCACGAACGACUCUAAGCUCCAAAGUUUUAAGCCAAGAUCGAGACCAGUUUGCCAAUCUUGCCUGCGAUGCGGUGCUGAGAUUAAAGGGGUCCACCGACCUCAGCCAUAUACAGAUCAUUAAAAAGGCUGGCGGAAAGCUCUCCGACUCGUACCUUGACGAAGGAUUCAUUUUGGAUAAAAGCAUUGGAGUCAAUCAGCCCAAGAGACUUGAGAAAGCAAAGAUACUGGUUGCAAAUACCGGCAUGGACACUGACAAAGUCAAGAUCUUUGGUGCUAGGGUCAAGGUCGACUCGACGGGAAAAUUAGCUGAGCUUGAAAAAGCGGAGAAGGAAAAGAUGCGGGCAAAAGUUGAGAGAAUCAAGGCUCACGGAAUUAACUGCUUUGUCAACCGUCAGCUCAUUUACAACUGGCCUGAGCAACUCUUCACGGACGCUGGCAUUGUUUCUAUUGAGCAUGCCGACUUUGACGGUAUCGAGCGGCUCGCUCUGGUCACCGGAGGUGAAAUUGCCUCUACCUUCGAUCACCCCGACCAAGUUAAACUCGGUCACUGUGAUUUGAUCGAGGAGGUGAUUAUUGGAGAAGAUACACUUAUUAAAUUCUCUGGGGUUGCUGCUGGUCAGGCCUGCACCAUCGUUCUCCGUGGAGCUACUGGGCAACUAUUAGACGAAGCUGACCGGUCUCUACACGACGCCCUUGCCGUUCUAUCUCAGACUGUAAAGGAGCCUAAGGUUACCCUUGGUGGCGGAUGUGCUGAAAUGGUUAUGGCCAAGGCAGUUGAACAUGCCGCACAAAACACUACCGGAAAAAAGCAGCUGGCAGUGGACGCAUUUGCGCAAGCUUUGAAACAGCUACCCAUUAUUCUUGCUGACAACGCUGGUCUUGACUCAAGUGAUCUUGUCACAAGACUUCGACAAGCCAUCAACAAGGGUCUGACCAGCUCCGGUCUAGAUCUACUUACCCCUGGCGGAGGUAUCGCUAACAUGCGCGAAUUGGGUGUUGUGGAAAGCUACAAGCUCAAGCAUGCCGUUGUCUCAUCAGCUUCCGAAGCUGCUGAGCUACUUCUACGGGUUGACAACAUCAUCCGCAGUGCUCCUCGCAGGAGAGACCGCCAUUAA